AGAGAUCAUGAAACUUCUUCUAGUAUUACUUAUUAGCUCUUCAGUUGUCGUUGGACAACAAGUGGAAACACAGAAACCAGACGAUUUCCUUUGGAAUCGAUGGGAACCAAGAACAAUUGAUUGUGUGAGCAGUGGAAAGAAAGAUGACUGUGUUCUUCUCGCACCAAACUCAAGAAUUCCAUUUGACAUCACCAAAUUUAAAUGCCGACGUGAACCAAUGCCACAAACCAACUGGAACACAUUAGCUGUGAACUCAACAACUCGAUUGGCAUGCCCACUAAACUGUCCUGUUAAUUUUGAUCUUUCGGUUCUUCAAAAACAACCAUACGUGAACAAGAACUGCCAAAAGUACUACACUUAUGGAAAAUAUUGGGAUGUAGCUGCCAAUGAUUGGUACAUCUGGCAGACCGAGCCAUGCGUGGCUGCAAUCUCAACUCACUGCCGGUUCAAUGAUGUUCCACAUAACUACAAUCCAGCAAAAAAUACUGGAAAAACUCUGGAAGAAGUCAAACUUGGAGGCGAAAUUCUGCAGACAAAACAGAGUGAACAAAGAAAGAAGGUUGUGGCUGCUUAAUUUUAAAUUGUUUUAUUAUAUGUUGUUUAAAUAUUCAUAAUUUAUUUUAUUCAAUCAAAAAAUUGUUGUUGUAUCAAAAUAAAUCAAAUAAUUAAUUUAAUUA